UGAUGGCUGAAGAUCCUGGCGGGACUAUUUUCAAUAUCACUGAUAUUAUUUUUUCUUUUUCUCUAUUCCGGCUUGCCAGAGAGCCAUGGCUGGACUCACAGUAGUGUUGAGCGUCCACAAAACAUUAGCGUCGACAUGCCCAAGAAAGGGAACCGAAAACGGCUGAAAUUUAGGGCUGGGGACGUUUGCUCGGAAUCAGUGACUGUAGCUGAUUAUGCUGAUGCUGAUCCAGCCGUGGUCAAGUCAGGUCGAGUGAAAAAGUAUUUCGCAAAUGCAGUUGAAAAAGAAGUCAAAUUGCUCUGCGGCCUGGAAGCAUCCCAGGGUGCUGUGGAAGAAGUCAUCUCAUCUGCAGAAACCAUCAAAAUAGAUGGUUUGGAGAGCAUUGAUGACUUGGACAUCGAGGAAGAUGGUGACAAUGAUUCUAAAAUGGUCCACAAGAAAAAGAACAAGAGGAGAAAAGAGAGCAGUGAUGGGAAGGAGUACCCAGUGGACAUCUGGCUAGUGCUUUCUUCUUAUAUCAGGCCGGAAGAUGUGUGCAGAUUCUCACUAAUCUGUAGAAAUGCCUGGAUGGUCACAUGCACUGCGGUAUUUUGGACCAGGCUAUACAGAAGACAUUACAGAGUCGAUGUUGACCUGCCCUUCCGUCUCCAGCCCGACUGCAUCAACAAGACGUGCUGUCUCAGGGCCCGUGUGAUUCGCUCGCUUUUUUAUAUGUAUGAGCCGUUCAGCGCGCGUGCCUCCAAAAUCCCAACCCUGCCGGAAUUUAUACCCACAGCCUUGCUAAAUUCCAAGUGUGUAUUGUUCUGGGUCAUAAAAGUGACUGGGACUCGACCGGAAGGAUUGUGGGAAUUCAACUUCAAGUUUUUAAAACAGCAGGGACACACCAAAAAGAGUCGUGCCAAAUCCCUGCACAUGCCCAAACAGUAUGAAGACGUCCAUGCAAAUCCAGACUCCAACAGUUACUUGCUUCAGGUGUCAACAUUCAACUUCAUCUUCACCCCGGUGGUCAUGGGCAUGAAUCUUUCCCUGUUCUCAAUCAAUGUCAGCACGGACCACCACCGCGUUCGACUGGUGUUUCAGGACUCUGUGGCUCUGAGAGGCAAGAAGAGAGUGGAUCAUGGUGGGAUGCAGGUAGUGUUGGAUCCUGUACACAGUGUGAGGCUCAUGGAUUGGUGGCAUCCACGGUACCCUUUGUCGCAGUGAACGUCACACAAACAAUCCUGACCGUUAUCUCCCUGCUUGCCCAAGAGAAAUUUAAUCUGACCCCUGAUUAUAGUGUCAAAUAGAACGUCAAACUAUGUUAUUGCAUGCAUACUCUUUUAUUUCUUUAAAGCCUCUACAGCAGGGGUGUCCAAACUACGGCCUGCAAAAUGUCACAAUAAAGAAUCUGUCACACAGCUCAGGGUGCUUCCAACUUAAAUAUAAACAUGACAGUACAAUUACUAGAAUUUUGUCACCAUCUUGUGGUAGUCUUGAGUAAUUCAGGUGACUGACCAUGAAUUGCAAUUUCAAAUGUAUACAGCAGAGCAUUUUUAUAUACAGCCCAAUCCAAACAACCUUUCCCACUUAUGGCGUAAAUAAACGAACAGAAAAAGUCAACACACAUAGUCUCACAUAUUACAACCUGCUCACUGAACUUUGUGGGUAUUAUAAAACAUGUCAAAUUUAAAAUUACACCCAUUUUUUUAGUCCCCUGCAAUGUUUAGUGAGUGUUAGUCCGCGUUGUGUAGUUUUUAUUAAAUUAAAAGACACUUCACCAUGCUGUUGUUUCACUAUUUAUUGGUAACCAGUGUUGUAAACACACACCCACACACACACAGGUCUAAGCUUCACUGGCGGACUGAUUUCUGCUCCUUCCAUCACAAAAGUCCAAAGCAAGAGGAAUUAAAAAACAUUCAUUCAUUCAUAUAAAAUAAUAACAAAAUUAAAUUACAUAAGAACGUUUUAUCAGAAAAAAUAAUAAUGCACAAAUCCACAUACCUUUUUGUUGGAAACACAAAACACACACACAGGUCUCAGCUUCACUGGCGGACUAAUUUCUGUUCCUGUGUGGUAUAAAUACCACGCAUAAAUGCGAUCAGUCAAACAAUUCACAAAGUCAACGCUCUACUUCUCAAUUAGCAGAAUUGUGCAGAAACAUAACGUAAAACAACACGUCACUUGUACCCACAGCAUUAUUUUGUUAACUUUUCAAGGGAUUUAAGAACGUUUAGGAAAAAUAUUUACAACAGAAAGUGCCGAAACAGGGAGCAGUGAGGAACCAUUACCUUCCAACUCAAAAGUCCGAAGCAAGAAGAAGUAAAUAAAUGAAAUAUUUCUAAUUGAUUACAAAACAUUUAGGAGGUUGUCACAGGUAGUAGUCGAACUUUCACAUACUCUUAAUAUGCAAUUAUAUACAUUAAUUAUUCAAUAUGUGUGUGUGUGUAUAUAUAUAUAUAUAUAUAUAUAUAUAUAUAUGAACACCUCCUUAGGGAGGCGUUCGGGUGGCAUCCUGACCAGAUGCCCAAACCACCUCAUCUGGCUCCUCUUGAUGUGGAGGAGCAGCGGCUUUACUUUUGAGUUCCUCUCGGAUGGCAGAGCUUCUCACCCCUCACGGCCGCUUGUACACGUGAUCCUAUCCUUUCGGUCAUGACCCAAAGCUCAUGGCCAUAGGUGAGGAUGGGAACGUAGAUCGACCGUUAAAUUGAGAGCUUUGCCUUCCGGCUCAGCUCCUUCUUCACCAGAACGGAUCGGUACAACGUCCGCAUUACUGAAGACGCCGCACCGAUCCGCCCCUUCGAUCUCACGAUCCACUCUUCCACCACUCGUGAACAAGACUCCUACGUACUUAAACUCCUCCACUUGGGGCAGGGUCUCUUCCCCAACCCGGAGAUGGCACUCCACCCUUUUCCGGGCGAGAACCAUGGACUCGGACUUGGAGGUGCUGAUUCUCAUUCCGGUCGCUUCACACCCGGCCACAUGAAGCCAUCAGGAAAACAUCAUCUGCAAAAAGCAGAGACCUAAUCCCGCGGCCACCAAACCUGAACCCCUCAAUGCCUUGACUGCGCCUAGAAAUUCUGUCCAUAAAAGUUAUGAACAGAAUCGGACAGCCUUGGUAGAGUCCAAUCCUCACUGGAAAUGUGUUGGACUUACUGCCGGCAACGGGGACCAAGCUCUGACACUGAUCGUACAGGGAGCGGACCGCCACAAUAAGACAGUCCGAUACCCCAUACUCUAUGAGCACUCCCCACAGGACUUCCGGAAGACACGGUUGAAUGUCUUCUCGAAGGCCACAAAGCACAUGUAGACUGGUUGGGCAAACUCCCAUGCACCCUCAAGAACCCUGCCGAGAGUAUAGAGCUGGUCCACAGUUCCACGACCAGGACGAAUACCACACUGUUCCUCCUGAAUCCGAAUUUCGACUAUCCGGCGUAGCCUCCUCUCCAGUACACCUGAGUAAACCUUACUGGGAAGGCUGAGGAGUGUGAUCCCACGAUAGUUGGAACACACCCUCCGGUCCCCCUUCUUAAAGAGAGGAACCACCACCCCGGUCUGCCAAUCCAGAGGUACCGCACCCGAUGUCCACGCGAUGCUGCAGAGUCUUGUCAACCAAGACAGCCCCACAGCAUCCAAGCCUUAAGGAACUCCGGGCGGAUCUCAUCCCCCCCUGGGACCUUGCCACCGAGGAGCUUUUUAACUACCUCAGCAACCUCAGCCCCAGAAAUAGGAGAGCCAACCACAGAUUCCCCAGGCACUGCUUCCUCAUAGGAAGACGUGUUGGUGGGAUUGAGGAGGUCUUCAAAGUAUUCCUUCCAUCUAUCCACAACAUCCGCAGAUGAGGUCAGCAGAACACCAUCCGCACCAUACACGGUGUUGAUAGUGCACUGCUUCCCCUUCCUGAGGCGGCGGAUGGUGGUCCAGAAUCGCUUCGAAGGCGUCUGGAAGUCGUUUUCCAUGGCUUCCCCGAACUCCUCCCAUGUCCGAGUUUUUGCCUCAACGACCGCUGAAACUGCACACUGCUUGGCCUGUCAGUACCUGUCCACUGCCUCCGGAGUCCCAUGAGCCAAACUAACCCGAAAUAACAUUUUUUUCAGCUUGACGGCAUCCCUCACCGCUGGUGUCCACCAAAGGGUUUUAGGAUUACCGCAACGAUAGGCAACAACUACCUUGCGGCCACAGCUCCAAUCAGCCGCCUCGACAAUAGAGGUGCGGAACAUGGUCCACUCGGACUCAAUGUCUGUGACAUGUUCAAAGUUCUUCCGGAGGUGGGAAUUUAAACUUUCUCUGACAGGAGACUCUGCCAGACGUUCCCAGCAGACCCUAGCAAUGCCUUUGGGCCUGCCAGGUCUGUCCGGCAGCCUCCCCCACCAUCGCAGCCAACUCACCACUAGGUGGUGAUCGGUAGAAAGCUCCGCCCCUCUCUUCACCAGAGUGUCCAAAACAUGAGACCGCAAAUCCAAUAACACAACUACAAAGUCUAUCAUGGAACUGCGGCCAAGGGUGUCCUGGUGCCAAGUGGACAUAUGGACACCCUUACUUUUGAACAUGGUGUUUGUUAUGGACAAACUGUGAUGAGCACAAAAGUCCAAUAACAAAACACCACUCAGGUUCAGAUCCGGGCGGCCAUUAUUCCCAAUCACGCCUCUCCACGUUUCACUGUCGUUGCCAACAUGAGCGUUGAAGUCCCCCAGUAGGACAAGGGAAUCACCCGGGGGAGCACUUUCCAGCACUCCCUCGAGUGUACCCAAAAAGGGUGGGUACUAUGAACUGCUAUUUGGUGUGUAAGCACAAACAACAGUCAGGACCCGUCCCCCCACCCAAAGGCGGAUGGAGGCUACCCUUUCGUCCACUUGGUUGAACUCCAACGUGCAGGCUUUGAGCCGGGGGGAAACAAGAAUUGCCACCCCAGCCCGUCGCCUCUCACUGCCGGCAACGCCAGAGUGGAAGAGAGUCCAGCCCCUCUCGAGAGAAGUGGUUCUAGAGCCUUUGCUGUGCGUCGAAGUGAGUCCGACUAUAUCCAGCCGGAACUUCUCCACUUCACGCACUAGCUCAGUGCCCGAAGCGGAGAUUCAUUAGAAAAUGGAAGAAGCUAAACAUGACAGUCAAUCUCAAUCGGAGUGGAGCCCCAUGCAGAAUAUCACCUGGUGGUGUCUCAAUGACGCUAAGAAAGGUGAGGAAUCAGCCCAGGACUACACGGCAGGACUUGGUCAAUGUCCUGAAAAGAGCUGAAACCACUGUUUCCAUGGUCACUGUUGGUAAUACACUAAGACGUCAUGGUUUGAAAUCAUGCAUGGCACGGAAGGUUCCCCUGCUUAAACCAGCACAUGUUAAGGCCUGUCAUAAGUUUACUAAUGACCAUUUGGAUGAUCCAGAGGAGUCAUGGGAGAAAGUUUUGUGGACAGAUGAUACCAAAAUUGACAUUUUUGGUCAGAAUUCCACUAUGCGUGUUUGAAGGAAGAAGAAUGAUUCGUACCAUCCCAAGAACACCAUUACUACUGUGAAGCAUGGGGGUGGUAGCAUCAUGCUUUGAGGGUGCUUUACUGCGCAUGGGACAGUAUGACUGUACUGUAUUAAGGAGAGGAGAACUGCAGCCAUGUAUUGUGAGAUUUUGGCCAAAACCUCCUUCCUUCAGUCAGAUCAUUAAAGAUGAGUUGUGGCUGGAUCUUCCAAUUUGACAAUGACCCACCGCACACAGCCAGGAAAACCAAGAACUGGUUUUGUAAGAACCAUAUCAAGGUUCUGGAGUGGCCUAGCCAGUCUCCAGACCUAAAUCCAAUUGAAAAUCUUUGGAGGGAGCUGAAAGUCUGUGUUACUCAGCAACAGCCCAGAAAGCUGACUGAUCUUGAGAAGAUUUGUGAGGAGUGGGCCAAAAUCCCUCCUGCAGUCUGUACAAACCUGGUGAAGAACUACAGGAAACGUUUGCCCUCUGUAAUUGCAAACAAAGGCUACUCUACCAAAUAUUAAUGUUGGUAUUCAAAUACUUAUUUUCAGCUUUAUUACACAAAUAAAUUGUUCAAAAAUCAUAGAUUGUGAUUUCUGGAUUUUUCUUAUUAGGUUAUCUCUCAUACAGCGUACAUGCACCUACCGUGAACAUUUCUGACCCCUCUAUGAUUUCUAAGUGGGAGAACUUGCAAAAUAGCAGGGCGUUCAAAUACUUAUUUUAUUCACUGUAUAUUAGGGCUGUAACGGUACACAAAAAUUUCGGUUCUGUACGUACCUCGGUUUAGAGGUCACGGUUCGGUUCAUUUUCGGUACAGUAAGAAAACAACAGAAUAUAAAUUUUUUAUUUAUUCACCAAAUUUGUAAGCAAUGGCUUUAUCCUUUUAACAUUGGGAACACUAUAAUAAUUCUGCCCACGUUAAUCCACAUUAAACUGCCUCAAGUUGUUGCUUAGAUUAAAUAAAAUGACAAAACUUUUCUUCUACAUAUAAAAAGUGCACAUCAUCAAACAGUUUCAAGUCAACUCAUCAUGCUUAAUUUAUCACAGCCUUUGGGAAGCCUGUAGUUGAUUUGUAUUAUGUAAAUGUUAUAUUUUUGUCAACAUGUGAUAGCAGGGACCUUGCCGUUAAAAACUCGGCUGCUACAUUACUCAUGACUAAUGUAGCUAUUGCUGAAAAAAUAGUACAAUAGCAAUAGGAGAGACUAUUCAUCCCUAAACACUAUGGAGUUCAAGUGAAAUAACAGACAGACAGGGCUUUGCUGCCCCUAACACACACACACACACACACACACACACAGCAAAAUGAGCUAACAUUACGCUAAAAGCUACUUAGCCUUCACCUCAAGGCAGGACUGCGAGUGAGCUGAGCUCCAGUUUAAGUUUGUAGAAUGUCAACGGGCUCAUAGUGAUGGUACUAAUAGUGUUUAUUAUGAUUUGGGGAGAAUACGCUGCCUUAUGCUCACUUGCUCGACGCUGAAGCAUUGACUCCAUGCCCUCUGAAUACGCACUGCUGAUUGGCUGUUAUCGCUUACUAUGUAACCAAUUAGAUGGUUGUGUGGGUGGGACAAUGCUGGGGGCUGAGACAGAGGCAGAAGAAGCAAAGCAGCUUGUUAAUACUUUAGCUUAGAAACUCUUUCGCUACACCCCCGUACCGUAGCGAAACAGUUCAAUACAAAUACACGUACCGUUACGCCCCUAAUAGAUAUAUACUCCCGUUUAUAAAUGUGUGUAUUAGAUGGAUUUAUUUAUUACUUUUUGUCCCCAAGUCAAAACAUUUGGACACCCCUGCUUCCACUGCCAUGGUGGAUGUUGAUGCCUCCGUCACCAUCUGUUUGCAUGUCAGUCAUUUUUCCUGCACCAUCACUCAAGUCAAUUGGCCUUAAAUCACAACAAUAAAAAAAAAAUGAUGUUCAACUUUUGUACGGUUGUGUAUCAAAUCAAUAUGCAGCUAAUUUGUUUCACCGAACCAUUCAGUGGUAUUGCCUGAAAGUGGCAAUUCAAUUCCAAUGCAUGAUUAAAAAAUAUAAUUGUUUAACAUUUGACGAAUAUUACCGUUCAGUUGCCAUCUGAUCAUGUUAAUGGGUACACACUUUGCCAGGUUUUACUGUUUUAUUUUUAUUUAGAGUUUUGAUUGAAGUUUGUCUAUCCAACCAUGUUUUUUGUUUACAUUAUUUAUUUGAGAAACGUUCACUUACAUGUAAAACAUGUUCUUGUAAAAGUUCAAAUUAGACAGCAUGUGUUCCUCCAAAGGUUUCUUUGGAAACAACCUCUUACUUUUCUUGCAGCUUCGUAAGAGCCUUGUCACUUCCUAUUACAGUAGAGGAAAUAUAUAUUUUACCCCCUUAUAGAUGAACAGUCCAUAAUGUCAUAGUGAAACAGCAUGAAGAAAUACAUGUUGUACAUAAUUUACUGUGAACAUGGAUGUCAGAAGUCUGUUUUCUGAGCAAAAUACCUCCUGAAACGUGUGAAACCCUGCUGACCAACUACAAGAAACGUCUGACCUCUGCUUGGAAACGCGUGUUUUUUCAGCAUAUACAAAUUAUAUAUUUUUUUCUGCUUUAUUUGUGAUAUUCUGAUCUUAUGAGAAACCAUACACAUUGUGGACUGUUCUUACAAAACCAGUGGGGGAUCAAAUAUAAAUUUGACCUACUGUAGGUGUUUUUAGCCGUGUGUGGAAAUCAUCCUUCAAAAUCACACUUAUUGAGAGAACAAGACAUCUCUGAUAUUCUGAUGAAUAACGCAUAUUAGUGACUUGUAGAGAUGAAAAAUUGGCACAUGUCAAUAUAACGCUGCAAAAGACAACUAUUUCCUCUUUCAUUGAUGAAUUAUUGCACUGAAAUAAAACGCCAGCCUGAGUGUCA